UCGUUUUGGAACAGUGAACGAGAGAACUUGUUAUUUUUCCACGAAAAAUAAAAACGUUGCUCCACUCUCGACGAUAUAUUUUAAUAAACAACAACGAAACGAAAUAAUAAAAAAAAACAGGUUUCGUUGUACAUUUUGGCUUUUGGUGUAAAGUAUUGUAUUUUGGCUCGUGUGAUUUUCCAUCAGCACAGUUGUGUAUAUUCUUCACAGUUUGUGGUGUUAAAUUGCGAAAAAAAGAGUCAAAAAUAAAUUAUUCAAUAUUUCCUUCCUGUUGACAUGGGACAUAUCGAAAUGUCGAAAUUGUAGAAGAUUUACAAGUUUUUGUUGUAAAAUUUCAAUUUGCCGUACGUGUUAAUCAUAUAUGUUACGUAUACCGCUUUACCGAAAGCUAAAUAUGUAAAUUUAGUGGUUCGAGUCCCAUUCCGUAUUAUCCGUACGUGAUGGUAAUACCAAAUUGUUAUUAAGUGAAAUAAUGUGAUUACGUCGGAAAAUUUGAAUUGGAUUUUGAAAAGUAAAUAAACAACUUUCGGAUAGGAUUAAUGGACUGUAUCAGACACAAUCGGGUUUUUUUAUGUCGUUGUGGAUUCUUCUUCUUGUUUGGAUUUUGGCUUCGCGGUUUACAUUUGCGACUCUGAAAAACGUUUAUGUUAUCCACAAAAAUUUUUUUUUUUGUGAAUUGACUCGUGUGCUCGAUAUUUUCGUUGGAAGAUACAAAAUUUUUACAAAAUAUUUUUUGUUGUGUGUUGUAUAACAUCGUUUUAUGAUUUAAUUCGAUUUAACCAUUCCAAGGAUACACCUAUACAGUUUGUUCAAUCACAAUCGAUAUAAUCAAAAAGAUGGCUAUCUCAAAGCAAAUCUAUUAGGAACGAAAAAUCUCGAAAUCAAAUCAUUUGCCAUCAGCAAUCAUGGCUGGAAAUAUAUCAUCGUCAUCAUUAUAUUCUACCAUCAUCUAUGAUGCCACAUCAUAUAUACCAGAGUCAUAUGGCAACGGGUCCAACCAUUCACAUUCAAAUUUCGUCUGCGAUCAAGUAACAAUGCCGCUAUCGAACUUACUGCUGACAUUUGUGUACGCAGUGGUUUGUAUCGUUGGAUUAAUGGGCAACACACUGGUCAUAUAUGUGGUGCUACGGUUCAGCAACAUGCAGACAGUCACAAAUAUGUACAUAUUGAAUCUGGCCAUAGCCGAUGAAUGUUAUUUGAUUGGUAUACCGUUUCUAAUUGCCACCGUUCACAUGGGCGAUUGGGUAUUUGGGCAGGCUGUUUGCAAAAUCUAUAUGGUUAGCACGUCGAUAACACAAUAUACGUCGUCAAUAUUCCUGUUGAUCAUGUCUGCGGAUCGAUAUAUAGCAAUCUGUCAUCACAUAUCAUCGCCGAAGUACCGUACACCAAUGGUAUCGCGCAUUGUGUCUAUAUUGGCAUGGGUGACGUCUGUCUUAAUCAUGCUACCCAUUAUGAUGUACGCAGACAUAGCCGAAAAGACAACCGGUGCAUACACCUGCAAUGUACUAUGGCCGGACAGUGACACCCAUUCAUCGGGAUUUUCAUUUACAAUUUAUGCCCUGGUUCUGGGUUUUGCCGUUCCGAUUGUUUUCAUUAGUUUCUUCUACUUUUCGGUGAUUAAAAAAUUGCGUUCAAUGGCAAAGAAGACAAACAAAUCAAAAGGAAAGAGACGGUCGCAUAAAAAGGUGACCAAACUUGUGCUAACAGUCAUAACCGUUUAUAUAAUGUGUUGGAUGCCUUAUUGGAUAUCUCAAGUAUCGCUGAUGAUAUCGACCUCAAUGUGCAGCUCGAAACUGGAAGUGACCAUUUUCCUUAUUGUCGGCUGUUUAGGCUACAUCAAUUCAGCUAUCAAUCCAAUUUUGUAUGCAUAUCUGAGUGAUAAUUUCAAAAAGAGCUUCUUGAAAGCGUGCACCUGUGCGACCACCAAGGACGUGAACGCACAAUUGAAAAUGGAAAAUAGUGUUCUGCCGCGAAAGACCAAAGAUUGCCGUAGCUCAGAGUCACAAUUUACGUUAACAACACGCUGCACAAAUAUGUUCAACGAAAUUACGACGGCGACCACUGUAACAGCCGUAUCAAAUGUGUCGUCUCGUAAUCCUAGUCCACCACUUCCGGCUGAACUGGAGCCAGUGAAAAAUGAAAAUUUAUUACAAUUGUCGUAAAAUCAUUAGUUUGUAGUUCAAACAGUCUUCUAGUCAUUUCAUUUCUUCUUUUGUAAUUAAAUCUCUGCGACGCGACGGACCAUUGACCGUGCAUACAAAUUUGAAAUUGGAAACGGAUCUAUUUUACAUUUAUAAAUGGAAAUUUAAUUGAUUGUACCCAGUAGACACUUUACAUUGCAUCACACAAUUAACUGAGAUAAAUUGAAUUUUUAAUUAUAGGCCAUAGUUGAUACAUUUAGCGGAAAAAUAUAUUGGCUCCGUAUACAAUAUGUGAGGAUCAUGCGAGAAAUACAUAUGAUUUCAAUUGUAUUUACAGGGAAGUGCUUUCUGAUGACCGAUGGAUGUAAGAAAAGUUUGUUUGUCAUGAAGAAAAUACGUUCUUUCGCACAAGAUAGUUUCCUUUUAUCGACGAUAAAUAUGAAAUGAAUGAGAAUUGACUGUAAGAUCUUAUUAUAGAAAAUGGUAUGUGACAACAAAUGAGGUAACAGAUUUUCUAUAUCAAUCUUCUAGUUGCAAAUUCGAUAAAAAUGCCCGCAAUAUGUUGUUGUUACCGGUAUAUGAAAGUCUAAUAAAAGGACAAUAUGCAGACAUUAUGCGCAAAAUUAAGGCACAAGUUAUGAAUAAGGUUUUAUAUCCUCAUUUUUGAAAACUUCACUUUUUACAAUAACUGCAAAGUGUGCUUUAUGUUCGAUGAAUGGUAAAUGGUUUGAGGCGAAGCCGGAAGCACUGUGAGUAUAUAUUUUCUUAUGCACUUUUACAGUUCUACAGUAAGGUGCAUUAUUCGACAACAGUGUUCGCCGAAUUAAAUGAACUGUUUUAUAUGUUUCUUAUGUGGGUACUGUUCUCACUUUUUUGUGUGAAAUGCAAAUCCUUCUUUUCGUUGAAAUCGAAGUAAAUUUCGCUUUAUUGAGCGACAAAUAUAUGAAAAUCCAUUUACACCUGCCAUGUUGCAUUUAACAUAAUGUUAUAUAUCUGAAGAUCAGAUCGCAAUCAGGUGGAGGCGGGUAAACGUAUUUGAAUUCUAUUUUUAGUCAUAGUACUUUUCAUGCCGACAAUGUUGAAAAUAAUUUAUUUCCUGGUUUUAAAUGGUGGAGACAUGGGACGCUGCGAAAGUAAUUCAUUACAAGCUUCCACAAAAUUGCUCAAAUUGCUCAACACACGGAUGAGUCUUCGAGAAUCACAAGGUUGUUUUCGAAUUAAUUUACGUACCUGCAUCCAAUGUAAUUGCCAGCCACACAGCAAAGUUGCUUAUCACAAAGAAAUUCACGUGUACGCUAAAAAUGAUCCGAAAAUAUUGUUCAUGUAAUGAAUCAUUUUCGGUGGUGGCAAACUGUCAUGUAAUGGUACAUGCGUCAAAAAUCGUAAUUUCCAUGUUUCAAGCACUGCUUUCGGCUUCGCCUCGGAUCAUUAGAAUUCACACGAAAACUCUACUUUUCAUCUGUU